GGAGGGGACUGUGGGAAAGACUGGGCGCCGGCCCGGGGUGGUGGUGGGGAGAGGGCCGGCCUCUCCUUCCCCCUGCGCAGUGCUCUCGGGGUUCUUGGGUCUAGGGGCGCCCCAUUCUUCGUCCCCUCGAGGCCACUCAGCCUCACUCAGGGACAUGGCAGUGGGGUGGGGACCGAGCCGGCUGCGCCGGGGCGGGGAGCGAGGCAGGUCCCAGGAUUCUGGGUCCCGACUCCUGUCCUGCCCAGCCCACAGACGACCAGAGGCCCGCGGCGUCCGGGCUCCGCGUGCCAGCGCCAUGAGGCCGCUCCUCGCUCUGCUGCUCCUGGGCUUGGCGGCCGGCUCGCCCCCGCUGGACGACAACAAGAUCCCCAGCCUGUGCCCGGGGCACCCCGGCCUCCCCGGCACGCCGGGCCACCAUGGCAGCCAGGGUCUGCCCGGCCGCGACGGCCGCGACGGCCGCGACGGCGCGCCCGGCGCUCCGGGAGAGAAAGGCGAGGGCGGGAGGCCGGGUAAGAAGCGCCUCCGCUGGGAGGCUGGCCUCCCGGGGCCGCGUGGGGAGCCCGGGCCGCGAGGAGAAGCAGGCCCCGUGGGGGCGGCCGGGCCGGCAGGCGAGUGCUCGGUGCCUCCGCGCUCCGCCUUCAGUGCCAAGCGCUCAGAGAGCCGGGUGCCCCCGCCGUCGGACGCGCCCCUACCCUUCGACCGCGUGCUGGUGAAUGAGCAGGGACAUUACGACGCCGUCACCGGCAAGUUCACCUGCCACGUGCCCGGGGUCUACUACUUCGCCGUCCACGCCACCGUCUACCGGGCUAGCCUGCAGUUCGAUCUGGUCAAGAAUGGAGAGUCCAUCGCCUCUUUCUUCCAGUUCUUCGGGGGGUGGCCCAAGCCAGCCUCGCUCUCCGGGGGCACCAUGGUGAGGCUGGAGCCCAAAGACCAGGUGUGGGUACAGGUGGGCGUGGGUGACUAUAUUGGCAUCUAUGCCAGCAUCAAGACAGACAGCACCUUCUCUGGAUUUCUAGUGUAUUCUGACUGGCACAACUCCCCAGUCUUCGCUUGAUGCCCACUGGAAAGUGAGCGCACGCUGUCUCACUCGAAGGGCAGGAGGGCAUGACACUGACAGCCACGUCAUCCAGGAGGGCUGGCCCCCCUGGAAUGUUGUGAAUGACCGCGGAGGUGGGGUGGGGGCCUCUCCGUUCUGCUGCAGGCAGGGGAUGGGGACAGAGGCUGAGAUCAGGGCUGGCAGCACGGGGCAGUGGCUGGAUUUCUGCCCUAGACCAAAGGAGUGCUGGCAGGCAGCGUGCUGGCGGUGUGCUGGCAGGUGGGAGUCCCCGCAGUUGCUCUGGCCCAGGACCCCAAGGUGGGGUGCUCCCUUCCCAGUCCUCUGCUUCUCUGGGUCUUCCCUCAUCCCUCCUGCUCCUGGGCCCUUUUCUCAGAGAUCAUUCAAUAAAUCUUAAAAC